GAAAAAUAUAGCCGUCGUCUGUUUUACCUUGACAGUUUGUUUCUUGUUUGCCUAGAUACUGAAUAAUUGGACAUUGAUUAUUGUAUAUUGAUGUUUGUGGGGAAUUUUGCUUAGAUUUUCUAAAAUUAUUUUUGGUGAUGAUAUCAUUUUCAAAGCUAAGGAUACAUGUGUCUUAAAUAUAAAAAAUAAGCACUGUUUUAUAUCCUUUCAUGUCAGAGGUUAUGUGUACAUUUCUGAAGCAAUUAUUUUGAUCACAAUUUUUAUCCAACAUGUCAGCAAAAAGUAACAGUUCUGUUAGUGAGGAAGUAGAAAAUGUCCGAGUGGUGAUACGUAUCAGACCAAUCAGCAACGAUGAGAUUGAGAGUGGAUUUGUCACAGUGACGGCCGUGAACCCUGUGACAGGCACAGUUUCGGUCAGCAAUCCUCAAGCUCCUCCUCAAGAGCCUCCAAAAACGUUCACUUUUGAUAUUGUGUUUGAUACAGAUUCAAAACAGUUGGAUGUGUACAAUGAGACUGCACGACCCAUUGUGGAGAAGGUGCUUGCUGGUUAUAAUGGGACCAUCCUUGCCUACGGCCAGACCGGUACUGGCAAGACAUUUACCAUGGAAGGUGUACGCUCGGAACCAGAGCUCAAGGGAAUCAUACCCAACUCAUUCGCUCAUAUUUUCGGACACAUUGCUAAAGCAAGUGAAGAGACUAAGUUUCUGGUGCGUGUUUCUUAUUUUGAAAUAUAUAAUGAAGAUAUUCGAGAUCUACUAACAAAGAACUCAGCAAAACUAGAAGUAAAGGAACGACCCGAUGUGGGAGUUUUUGUCAAGGACUUGUCAACUUACAUUGUAAACAAUGCUGAUGACAUGGACCGUAUCAUGACCCUGGGCAACAAAAAUAGAGUUGUGGCGUCAACUGCAAUGAACGUGGAGAGCUCCAGAUCACACGCAAUAUUCUCAAUUACAGUGGAGACUAGUGUGAUGCGAGAGGAUAAUCAGCAGCAUGUUAAAAUGGGACGACUCCAUUUAGUUGAUCUUGCAGGAUCUGAAAGGCAGAGCAAGACAGGUGCAACAGGCCAGAGGUUAGCUGAAGCUACUAAGAUCAAUCUUUCUCUGUCCACUCUGGGUAAUGUUAUCUCAGCACUGGUGGAUGGCAAGUGUACCCACAUUCCAUACAGAAAUUCCAAACUCACACGGAUUCUUCAAGAUUCUCUUGGUGGAAACUCCAAAACCGUUAUGGUUGCUACAAUUGGGCCUGCCAACUACAACUAUGACGAGACAAUAAGUACACUGAGGUAUGCCAAUAGAGCGAAGAACAUCUGCAACCGAGCUCGCAUCAAUGAGGACCCGAAGGAUGCCUUGCUGAGACAACUGCAGUCAGAGAUAGAAGUAUUGAGGCAGCAGCUGGCAGACGGAGUAGCUAUCCCAGAUGGUAGUGGAUCAGAGGGUGAAGAAAGUGACGGGGAACAUAAAGUGGAACCUCUCACCAUGGACACUCUAGCCGAUGCUGAGGAGGUUGACACUGUUGAAGAGCCCCGCAGCCAUCCAGAAACUCCUAUAGCACCCUCAGAAGUGAAUGUUCUCAAAGAAAAGUUAGAAAAUCUGCAGAAAAAAAUAUUAGUUGGAGGGGAAAACUUGCUUGAGAAAGCUGAAGAGCAAGAAAAGCUUCUAGAAGCCUCAGCAAAAGAGUUGGAACAGCGGAUGACAAGAGAAGAACAGCUACAGAGAGAGCUGGAGAUAAAAGAGGCGGAACGGAUCAACAUAGAAGAGAGAUACUCAAGCCUACAGGAGGAGGCACAAGGCCUGACCCGAAAGCUCAAGAAAGUGACGGCUCUGCUGUUAUCAGCUAAGGAGGAGUUGAAGGAUGUAACUCAGGAGAACCAGAGGGAGAUGGAAGGACUGCUGGACAAUGUCAGGCAACUCACAAAGGAGUUGGCUCUGCAAGAGACCAUCGAGAAGAUAUUCAUACCUGACCAUUACAAGGAGAUGAUAGAGCGACAUGCACAUUGGAAUGAAGAUAUUGGGGAGUGGCAGUUGAAAUGUGUUGCAUAUACAGGGAACAAUAUGCGCAAAACUCUUUGUCCUCUGAGCCCUGGACCAAAAAAAGAGAUCCCUGUGCCAGACCUGUCCAAAGUCUACCUGACAUACAACAACGAGCGACUAGGCACAGCAGCUAAAAGUCGGGCAAAGUCUGGGCGAGCAGUAUCAUCUAGAGCCUCCACUGCUGUGACUGAUCACUAACUGCUUUCUUCACUAAUAACUUAUUCCUUAAUGUUCCUCUACUUAAUACUCAGUUUUUAUUUUAGUUGUUGUGGUGAACUAUUCACUUAAUGUUAUUUUUCAACCUAGCACAGCUGUGAAAAAUUAUUUUAUGUUCAAAGAUCUUUAUUAUUUCACUAUUAUUUAUAAUUUGUAAAUUAGGUAUAAGUUAUUUAUCUGAUAGCAAUGAAAUUCUUUGUUACCCUUACCAAAGUUUUUUAAAUUGGUUUUUGAGUUGGUAAAGUAAUACUCAUAACGUAGGGUCUCAUAAUUGUUGGUUAGUAUUCAAUUAUUAAUUUUAGUUUAUUAAAUUUAAUACUACAUAAUAUUUGUUGGAAGUACUAUGAAAACCUUAAAAUACUUCUUUAGAUUUAAACCUACUUAUUUAAACAUUCAUUUGUGUCUUGUUUCUUCUCUUAAACGGUAUCUUUGAAUAAGAUCAAAAGAAAUAAUACAAUUAACUUGUUCUUUCAUUAAUCGUAAAAUUUUAAAUUUAACAUUAAGACAAACAACACACACAAUCUCUCAUGAUGUAUCUUUCAAACUAAUUAUUUAUCUAUCAAGACAAAAUGUGAGUUCAGCUAAAACAAAAAACACAAUCUGAUAUGUUCCAUAAUUAAACAGAAUGUAAAACUUCGUGUUUUACAUGGAAUAUUAUGUAUAUUUUAGUUUAAAUUUUGAAUACUUUCAAGUGAGUACAACACAAUAUUUCUCUAAACAAUUCUUACGUUUCUCUGACAUGUCUAUUCUUUUCUGUGAGGCUGCAUUCUUAUCUGUGAGUUUAUACUUCCAAGUGGUCUGCAUUCUUCUUAGUGGUUUUUAUACUUCCAACACAUUGUAUUUUAUUUAGUGUUAUACAUUUUUCGUAGUAUAUAAUAUUUUAAUAUGUUACAUCAUUUUCAGUGUUCAACAACAUCCUUUCCGUGAUCUGUACACUUCCCAAUCAUAUGCAUCCUUCCCAGUGAGUUAUAAUCCUUCACAAUAAUCUGCAUCUAUCUCAA